UAGUUGUUGUUGGUUUCUUUGGAUUCAUAAAAGGGAAUUAAAUCAUUACAAGGGUGGGAAGAAGCAUACAAGCCAAAAAAACCAUAGAGAGAAUGGAGGAAGCCAAGUGGUACACCAUAUGUCUAAUCAUUUUCCCUCUCCUCCUACUCUUGUUCAAGCUAAAACAAAAGAGAUACAAGAAUCUGCCCCCAAGUCCACCUGGGAUUCCCAUCUUGGGCCAUCUCCAUCUACUAAAAGAGCCACUGCACCAAACUCUUCAAGCUAUUUCAGACAAGUAUGGCCCCAUCAUCUUUCUCCGUUUCGGAUCCAGAAAGGUCCUCGUUGUCAACUCUCCAUCGGCCGUGGAAGAAUGUUUCAAGAAAAAAGACAUCAUCUUUGCCGACCGGCCACGUACCCUCUCCGGAAAACACCUCAACCACAACUACAGCAAUAUAGCUGCAGCCUCAUAUGGGGACCUUUGGCGCAAUCUCAGACGUAUUACAACUUUGGAAUUUUUCUCGACUGCUUGCCUAGAGAGGACAUCUAAUAUACGAGAAGGGGAAGUGAAAUUCUUGAUGAAUAAACUCAUGAAGAACUGUAAUAGUAAUGGGUAUAGUAAGGUGGACUUGAAAUCCAAGUUUCAUGAACUCUCAUUUAAUGCUAUGACCAUGAUGAUCAUUGGGAAGAGGUUUUAUGGAGAAAAUGUGGAGGAUGUUGAGGAGGCCAAGCUCUUUCAGAAUUUGAUGAAAGAGCACUUUGAACUCGGCAAAACAUCGAAUCCAGCAGACCUUUUCCCAGUGUUGCAAUGCGUCGAUUUAUUUGGGAUGGAGAAGAAAAUGGUAGCUAUAGCGGAGAAGAUGGACGAGUUUUUGCAGAAACUAAUCGAUGAACGCCGUAGAAUCAAUGCAUCAACAAAAACAAAAUCAUUAAUCGACAAUUUGCUGUCCUUGCAAGAAACAGAACCAGAGUUCUACACCAACGAGAUUGUAUAUGGGAUUAUAAUGGUCUUGCUAAUGGCUGGGACUGAGACUUCAGCAACAACAACAGAAUGGGCAAUGUCACUACUACUCAACCAUCCAGACACAAUGACAAAAGUUCGUGCAGAGAUUGAUGAUCACGUUGGACAAGAUCGUCUCAUAGUUGAACAAGACUUGCCGAAGUUGAAUUUCCUAACUAAUGUCGUCAAUGAAGCACUUCGAUUAUAUUCACCAGCCCCACUUCUACUCCCACAUGAAGCAUCUGAAGAUUGUACUGUGGGAGGUUAUGAUGUCCCACAAGGCACAAUGUUGAUGGUAAAUGCAUUGGCCAUUCAUAGGGACCCUAAGUUAUGGGAAAAUCCCACGAAAUUCAUGCCAGAGAGGUUUGAAACAAGGAGUUGUGGAGAUGGGUAUAAAUUUAUUCCAUUUAGCAGUGGAAGACGCAUAUGUCCAGGGACUAGCCUAGCAUACAGGAUGGUUGGGCUGGUACUAGGAGCCUUGAUUCAGUCAUUUGAAUGGAGGAGAGUUGAUGAAGAGGAGGUGGAUAUGGCUGCCGGUUUUGGCAUCACCAUGCCAAAGUUGAAGCCCUUGGAGGCUAUUUGCAAGCCGCGUCCUUUGACGAGCAAAAAUAGUCUUGUAUGAUGAUUUUUCAUUGAGUUCACUAUAGAAAAAAAAAAAAAAAAAAAAAAAAAAAAAAAAAAGAAGAAGAAGAAGAAGAAGAAGAAGAAGAAGAUGUAGAAGAAAAAAUCGAAAAAGGGAUCCAGCGACAAUGAGGUGUGGAGUCCAAACACACCCUUUUGUCUAUUAUGUGUUUUUUGUUUGUCCUUAAAAUGUAUCUUUUGGAUUUGUGCAAUGCGCUAACAAACUUUCUGUUCUAUAUAAAUUUCUCCCAGCUGUGGAUGCUAUGCUUUUCUGAUA